AUGCUCUAAAAAGAAUAUAGAUUUAAACAUAUUCUUGAGAAGAGAAAUAAAGAAAAAGUAUACUCUAGAUAUAGAAAGAUAGAAACUGAAGCAAAAAUAUGUGAUUUAGCAUUUAAUGAUUAAAAAUUAAUUACAGCACAUGAUAUGGAUCUUGCAAUAUAUCAUCUUGAUUAAUAAAAUCAUCUUUAAAAAGAAUUAAUUGAAAAUUUACAUACAUAUUUAAUAUAUGCUGUGUGUUUUAGCAAAUGUGGUUAGUGGUUUCUUACUGCAGGAUAUGAAAAGAUUAUAAAAUUAUGGUAAAAAGAAGAUAAUUAAUGGAAAUGUAUUUAAGUACUGAAUGGACAUAAGGAUUCUGUUAUAGUUUUGUAAAUGACAAGUGAUGAAAAGUAGUUAUUCUCCAGAAGUAGAGAUAAAACUAUUAAAAUAUGGUAAAAAUAAGAUGAAAUAUGGAAAUGUACUUAAUCAAUACAAGCCACUUCUGGAAUUGUAGAUUCAUUAUGUAUAAGUCCAUAAGAAAAUAUUUUCUCUUUUGGAUGCAAAAAUAAUUUAUUAAUUUGGUACAAUUCUUAUUAGAAUAAGUGGAAAAAGUAUUAAGCAAUAGUUUCAGCUCAUACAUAAUUAAUAGAAUCAGUUUGUUUCAUUUAGAAUGGUUUAUAAAUAGCUUCAGGAGCAAAUGAUAUAAAAUUAUGGAAGAAGUCUAUAGAAAAUCAAUAAUAUAGAUUAACUCAAAUUAUUACUCCUUUAGGUAAUGUCUCACUUAUGGAAUAUAAUGACUAUAAUUCACUAUUGAUAGUUGUUGCUAAUAAAAAGUUUGUAUAAAUAUGGAAGGUAGAUGAUAAUGCUAAUAUUAUAAAUUAAUAAACAAUUCAAGUUGAAAAAUCAGAUAUUUUUUAGGAAGAAGAUCAAUUUUAUGAAGCUAUUUGUGUGUCUUAAAAUGGACAAUAUUUAGCUUUAACAGAUAAUUACAAUGAUUAUGUUGAUCUUUGGAAAUUAAAUUGA